AUGGCGCUCUCACCUGCCCUUUACACAUUUCUCUGCGCGUGCUUUGUAGCUAACGGCGCUGCCAUUUUCGGUUACGAUCUCGGUGUCAUCGCCUAUGUCCUCGCUGCCCCCGACUUUAUCGCCACCAUCAACACUACCAACGACAACUAUGUUGGAUUCAUCGUCUCCUCAUUGCUCCUCGGAGCCGCCGUCGGAAGUGUCCCAUCGUCCUACAUUGCCGAUAUUUGGGGCCGACGUGUCGCCCUGACUGUCGCCGGUGUUAUCUUCCUCGUCGGUGGAACCGUCCAGACUGCCACCCAGAACAAGGAGAUGAUGAUGGCCGGUCGAUUCAUCGGUGGCCUCGCCAUCGGUCAACUCGGUGUACUCGUCCCCCUCUACCAGUCUGAAAUCGCCAACCCGGCUGUCCGUGGACGGUUGACGGCCACCUUCCAGUUCUUCCUCGGUGUCGGUGCCUUUGUCGCCGGAUGGAUCGGUUACGGUACCUCCAAGGGCUCUCACGGCACUGCUCUCGAGUGGCGCUUGCCCCUCGCCUUCCAAAUGCUUCCCGCACUUCCGAUCGUUUUCUUGACGUUCAUCCUCCCCGAAUCGCCGAGGUGGCUCGCGAUGAAGGGACGCGACGAAGAUGCUCUCAACACUCUGGCCCGCCUCCACGCUCGCGGUGACGUCAACGACGACCUCGUCCAGGGUGAAUACCAGGACAUGAAGUUGAGCAUCGAUCAAGAGGCAGGUCUCGACAAGUCGUGGAGCAACAUCUUCCGUGAUACCGUCAACAUGCGCAAGGUAUUCUACGGAAUCGUUCUGCAGUUCUCUGUUCAGAUGACUGGUGUAUCCGCUAUUCAAUACUACGCCAACGAUGUCUACACCUCUGUCGGCUUUGCCAAGAACGCCCUCUUGAUCAACAGUAUCAACAACGUCGUUGGUCUCCUCGGCGAGGCUACGUGUAUCGCCUUCCUCGACCGCAUUGGACGCAGGCCCCCUCUCAUCUUCGGAAACAUCAUCUCUGGUAUCACCUUUGCUGUUGCCACCGCUAUGGCCAAGCAGUUCUACGGCGGCGCCGCCGGUACCCGUGGUCAAGGAAUCUGCUUUGUUGCCAUGAUCUACAUCUACAACUUUACCUUCUCGGCCGCUAUUGGUCCUCUGUCCUGGGUCUACCCGGUCGAGAUCAUGCAGAACAACAUCCGUGCGAAAGCCACUGGUAUCACUACCACCGCGUCCUGGUUGGCCAACUUUAUGAUCGGUCAGGUCUCCCCCACGGCUUUCAAACAGAUUGGAUGGAAGUACUACCUCGUCUUCACUGUUUGCAGCUUCACCAACGCACUCUUCUUCUACCUGUUCUUCCACGAGACCAGGGGUCGUACUUUGGAGGAGAUGGAUGGAAUUAUCCGUCACGCCAACCCCAUCGUCCCCUUGUCCAAGGUCGAGCGCAUCAGCUACAAGGACCGCGAGAGAGAGCUUGCCGAGCGCGCUCAUGGUGCUGGCACUGGCAAGCCAUCGAUCACGCAGGAGGAGAAGGCCACGUACGAGGUGUAA